UAUAAACAUUUAAAUUAAUAUUCCUUGAAUUUAGAUAUUAUUUUAAAAAUUUGUUACCAAAAUGUUUAAAAUAAACGUUUAUUUCUUUACGAUAGUGAUAUUAGUUGUAUUUUUUAAUAAAUAUGUUAACUCUCAGAAAAGUAAUAUAAAUGAAUUUAUUGACAACAAUAGUGUAUUUGCAUUAAAAUUGUAUCGUGAGAUAGCUAGUAUAGAAGGUAACAGUUUUGUAUUUUCACCUUUUUCUAUACAAAUUACUGGUGGUCUUUUAUAUCUGGGUGCAAAUGAAACCACAUCUAAACUAUUACAAGAUUGUUUUAAUUUUAAGUUAAGUGCAAAGGAUAUCGGUAACUUAUUUCAAAAUAUUUUAAAAAAAUAUCAAUAUGAUGAUAGUUUAAAAAUUGCAAAUGGAAUUUUUAUAGCAGAAGAAUUAGAAAUUGCAAGAGGAUUUUCAAAUGACGCUAAAAGAAAAUUUAAUAGUACCAUAAAAAAUAUUCAAUUCAGCGAUAUUAAAAGUGCAACAAAACGUAUAAAUCGUUUCGUACGUCGUAAUACUAACGGUAAAAUUCGUCAAUUGUUAAGUCCAGAUGCAUUAGAUCCUCAAACUAUUAUGCUUCUUAUAAAUGCGAUAUCUUUUCAAGCAGAAUGGAAAGAGAAAUUUUUACCAAUGCUUACGCAAAAAGACAAAUUUUACUCAACAUCAACGAAAAUAAUUGAAGUUGAUACUAUGUAUGGUUUUAAACGUUCUUAUAAAUUGGGCACUAAUCAAGAAAAAAAUUAUAUUGUAGCGGAAAUUGGUUUUAUUGAAACAGAUAUAAGUUUUCAAAUUAUAAUACCAUCAAAACUUAACUUAAAUAUUGAUCACAUUGAAAAUCUUUUUACAAAGUCUGGAUUGAAUAACAUAAUAGAGGAUGCACAAAUUAGAAAAGUUGAAGGUCAAGUUCAAAUACCUAAAUUUUUAGGUAAAACUGAUAUUGAUCUAAAACUUAUCCUUUCAAGGUUGGGAAUGACGAAUUUGUUUAGUAAUGAAGCUGAUUUUAGCAAAUUUCUUAAAAUGAACGAACCUCUUUCAAUAUCAAAAGCUGUUCACAAAGCAUAUAUUGACAUUCAUGAAAAUGGUGCUGAAGCGGCAGCUGCAACUGGAUAUGAGUUAGAAUAUAGAAUAGCUAAUGGAAAUAUGAGAUCGUUUGUAGCUAAUCAAUCAUUCAUUUAUUUACUAAAGGGAAGUAAAGGGGAAAUAUAUUUUAUGGGUCGAUAUACUGGUGUAUAUAAAUAAUUUUCGAUGAGACAUUUGAAAAUUCUUUAUAUUAAUAAAAAAUUAGAUACAAUAUUAUUUUUAAAAUUUAUGUGCUGUAAUAAAAAUUAAAUUUAGUUUAGAAUUAAUUUAAAAUCAGUAUUGCAAUUGUUUAAUUGUGGAACAUAUCUGCGUGUUUUGACUAUGUUUGAAGUAUAUUUAUGAAGACUUUAAAUUCAUAAUAAAUUUUAAAUUUCUAAAAAUUAAAAAAUUAAAAAAAAGUUAAAAAUUAAUAAAAUAUGAAAAAAAAAGAAAUAGAUUUUGAAAGAAUUCAUAAAUAUAUUUUAAAAUUCGAUUCAUACUUUUCUUAAACACGGCUUUAA